AUGGCUCGUUGCAAAACUAGUCGUGGUAACCGAAAACUUCAAAUUCGAAUCAGACGCGGUUAUCAUAUCUUACAAGGCUGCGAAGUUCACAGAAAAAGGUUCCAAGUGUAAGUUUGAAAAGUAUGAUGUGACCAAAGUUAGCUUGAGGUUUUGCAGUAAUAUAGCGAAAAUUCCUCAACUUGAAACCAGGAUUGAUUGGAAUUAUGGCGAAUUUCGAGAACAAAGAAUUCUAAUCGGAGGAGAAUUCGAUGAGGAUGAUAUGAAUUUAAUUGAUGGAAACCGAUCAGAAUUUUCGAUUUUAUACAGAGGACUAUCCAAAGCGACGGUUUGUUUUUUGCUUGGGCGGAAUAAUAUUUCAUUAGUCAAUCCCAUCUGUUUUCACACCUCAUAAACUUGUGUCAAUUCAUAAAAGUGAAACCUUUGAUAAGACAAUUAAUCGGUACUCUUUGAUCACAACAAAUUGUUGUCAAUCACCGUAAAAACCCAGGAACACAUUUUUUCUUACAGAUCGAGGAACUGAAAAAUAGUUUUAACAAUGCUGAAAAAUGGAUGAGUUUUCGAAACGAGAACGAUAAUGUUGAAAAAUUUCGAGAAAAAAGGGAUCGAUUAUUUGAUGAUUAUUUUUAUAAGCUAUUAGAAGGAAUCAAUGAUCAAUCAUCAAAUUCUCUUAAUUCAAAACGUGAGUUGAAGGCUGCUAAAUAAUCAAUUAUUUCGAUUUCCCUCGAGAAUUUUCAUCAAUUUUUUUCCCUAAAAACAAUUUUUGUCGUUUCCAGAAAAAUCCAAACUCCGAUUCAGGGAGAAUUUUGUGAUCGAGGAAGGAGCAAAGGAAAAUGAUCCUGAUUUAAAAGUCAGAAAAAUGGAAAUUGAGGAGAAAAAUAAUGGUAUAAUUUUUGUAAAAGAAAUUAGGUGCGGUGAAGUCGCUAGUUAGAUAGAUCUCUGCGAGUAAAAAUAAUAAGGCCACUGUUUUUCGAAUUGUUCUCUCACUUAUUAUUUUGUUAAUUACUUUUCAAAUAAACUUUUAGAAAAACCUAGAAAAAAAACUCACAACUUUCCCAGCAGAAUUUUGCCAAUCCGGAUAUUUUCCGCGCAAAUAGUUGACAUAAGCAUCUCUCGCAUUUUUCGCAUUAUUCAAUCGUCUUUCCAUCACCGAAAUUCUUUCAUCGAUUCCAGACAAAGUUUCACGAUGCGCAUUUUGUGGAAUCAUUUAUUUAUACUUUUUUUCAAGUUAUGAAGAGAGGAAAAUAAAAUGAAAUAAUCCAGAUGUUUCGAAACAAAAAGUAGAAUAAAAAUCCAAGUUGUCAUGGCAACAGAAAUUAUAAGAAGAAAAAGAAAAAGAAGUUCCCUUUUGUGGAAGGAAAAAAUUGUUGUGUUUCAUCUUUCAAAAAAAAGAUAGUCGAUCAUGAUACACAUCAAAGAUACGUCAUGAAAUCAUUGUUGGUAUCAUUUUUUGAAAAUUGGAAAUGACUGGGGUACUGUAGGAUCAAAGAUUUUUGUCAAAUAAAUAAAUAUGUUUUGAUGAAGGUGGGAAAAUUUUCUGAAGGUUGAUUUUGAAAGGAUACAAUUUAGAUAGAUAAACAAUUAACACCAAAAUUUUGGAUUACUGUAGCCAAUGAAUUGUGACAAGGAUCGACUACAGUAAUACGCGGCACCUAUUUUUGGCACUAACAUAAAAAGUUAUGGAAACGGAUGUUUUACGUUUCCAAAAAUUUUUAUAAUAUUUGAAAAUCGGAGAGUUCAGAAUUUUUAGUUCUACUUUACUGACUUAAGAUGUUUUUGGAAAAUUCCAAAAUGUUAUGGGUUGGUUUUUAAUCAAACCCAGAACCCUCACUUCCAUUAAAAAUGUAUAAAGUUCCUAGAAGUUCAUCACAAAUUCUUAUUUUUCGAAACUCCGAAUCCCAUUUUUUAAAACCCCUUAAAUACACGUAUUUAUUUUCAAAUCACAAACUUGAACAACAUCUGUAUGAUUUCUGUUACAGUAUCCCAUUCUCGUUCAUUUUUUUGUUGACCACAAUGACUUCGUGACGUAUCUUUGAUGUGUACAACGGUUUUCCGAUCUCUUUUUUGAAAGAUGAAAAUGAUAUGAUUGUAUGUUCUUUGUUUCAGUGUUUGAUUCAAUGAAUAAAUAAGUUUGUUUCAGAAAUUCCGGAAAAAAACUGAAUCAAAUUAGUGCAGUUAAUAAAGGGUUUUUAAAACUUAUUUUGAAAUAACGAAACUUAGAAGAUUUGCAUUUUCAAAUAACAACAGUCUAGUAAACAUGGAUUUGUGAUUGUUUGAUCUUUUCAACUGUUUUUAUCAUUGAUAGAAAAACUUUGAAAGAUCGUUUUGGUUUGAUUCAUAGGUUCAGAUAUAUUUUUAUAACAUGACAGUUUAAAAUCUCGUGUCUUUCUUGGUAUCACAGAACGAUACAUUCUAAACUUGCAUCUUUCAUUUUCAAAAGAUGAAAUGAUCGUCGUACACUUUUCCGAUACGUCACGAAGUCAUUGUGGUUCAGGAGUACGGUAGAAAAUGUUCAAUUUUGUGAUGGGGGAAUAUAUGUUUUUCUAGUUUUCUGGGGCUAAUAAGGAAAAGAGAAAUGAUCGCGUUGAUCUUUUGAAGUGUGUUUUGUGGUUGGAAUGAUUUUUAAAGUAUAAGGAGGUUGAAAGAGAAUUGUGAGGAGCCAAGAGAUUAGACUCCAAUUAUUGGAGUAGGAAAACAAGGAGAUCUUUUCAAGGCGUGAAUACAGUAAUUGAGCCGCGAUUUUCUGAAAGUUCGGAAUAUUUUUUCAAGACAUUCAAAAAUUUUCCUGAAAAUAUUAGAUACUUAAAAGAUUUUCUGAAUUUUUGGUUCAAAAAAGAUCGAACAUUUCCGAGUUUCCAUUUUCCAGGUUUCAACUUUCUGCAAAAUAUCUGGUUUUCUAGAACUUACAAUUUCACACUGAAAAAAAUAGCUAUUCUACCUUUUUAAUAAUCAAAAAUGGAAUGAAAUUUAAACUAAUGACGGUACGUGUUUUUAUUAUGACGUGAACUUUUUUUUGCACUUAUUUUCAUUUACAAAUUUUUAAUAAGUACGAUGUGGGGACAAAUUCUCAAUAUUUCAAAGCACCUUUUAACAAUUGAUGAUGAAGGUUAGCUAUUUUCAGACAAAUUUUCAGGGAUCUGAUAAAUUUGCAAUUUUCCAGCCUAG